GCGGUAGAACGAGUGGCAUCAGCUGCAAAAGCAUGUUUUGCACAGACAACAACGCGCAUUUGAUAGACACAACAAUCAGUUGAGUGCUGAACUUUGCUGAAGCUUGUAAACGUUAUUUUUUGCGGCAACAUAGAUAGCAAUAAAGUGCUUAAAAACAUACAUACAAAGCGAGGCACUAAGAUAAAGCGCGACACUUUCAAGAAAUUAAAAUCAAUUUCAAUUUAACGAAAAAAUAUUACUCAAAAAACCCCCGCAAAGCACAAGCAAACAAUAUGGCCAGUCCACAGCUGAUCAACGAAUGGUUCGAUUUUAUGUAUCCGCUUGCGCAGCGUGCUGGCGAAAUACUGCUCGAAGGUUACGCGGAGGCAAAGGUCAGCAUCAAGACGGCAUUUUACGAUGUGGUCACCGAUUAUGAUAAUAAAAUUGAAGAAGUUCUUAUCGAACAAGUAUUGGCACGAUAUCCGGAGCACAAGUUUAUCGGCGAAGAGGAUACAGCGAAAAAUAAUCAUGUGACAAAAGCGCUAACGGACGCACCGACUUGGAUCAUUGAUCCCAUCGAUGGCACAUCGAACUUUAUCAAACAGAUACCGCAUGUGUGCAUCUCAAUCGGUUUGGCAGUAAAUAAGCAAAUCGUUUUGGGCAUCAUCAACAAUCCGGUGCAGCAGAAAAUGUACACAACAAAACUAGGUGGUGGCGCCUUUUGCAAUGGGAAGCCCAUACAUGUGAGCAAUAUUGCUAAAAUGAGCGAAGCGAAUGUGGCGUACGAGGUGUCAUUGUUGCAUGCGCAUAAAAUACGUAACAAGCAUAUAAAACGU